AUGAUGCAUUCGCUCAAACGUCCAAAAAGGCGUGGAACUUCGACAUUCUUCAACUCGUCGAAGAGGAAUGGGACGUACAAGCGAGGUUUCCUAUUCUUGAAAGCCCAAAACACUGUUUUAACUUCGAUUCGAGAAAUGGUUCUUAAAAAUACAACCAAUGUUUCAGAAAAAGACAAGCAGAUAUACUCAGCAAUCCUCACUUAUAUCUCCGAUAUACUUAACACACACAUGAAAGACGUAUUUCAUGUGUCUACAGAGGUAAUCAGCAAAAUUCGACAAUUAUUAGAACAAUCAGACAUACCUCCAUUUGCAGAAAAGGUAUGCACUAUGGUAAUGACAUCGGCUUUCUCAUUUCUCCGACUUUCAUCUUUACUUAUUAUCAACCCUUCACAAGACACAGGCAAUACAGACAUUCAAGACACAGAACAAGAAUCGCUUCUUGCCGAGAAACCUGAACAGACACAAUGCUUUGUCUGCAGAAUUUGUGACGAAUUAGUUCCAAUUGACAUGAUCGAAGAACAUACACAAUCAUGCUUGAAGGCAUAUCAAACAGAAGGUCAUUUAACACAGGCUAAUGAUGCGAUCAAAGCGAAUAUGGAUGGAAUUGCUAACACCUAUCUUGAUCUUUCAUGGCCAGGUGAUCCAGAAGAAUAUAUCGCACUAGUACUACCUAUACUACAUCUUUACUUCCUCAUGGAACGCGCUUUGAACGUUCAAGCAGACUUAAUCGAUUCAUUUGAUGAACUUGAACAAAUCCAGUACAACAUAUACUCACUUCCAGAACGUAUCGAAUUCAUGGACUACACUAAAGUCUCAGGUGACUUAGUCAAAGAAAAGAUUCGUCAUUGUGUUGCACUUCAAACAGCAGGUGCAGUUCUUCAACAGACUAGAGUAUCAGGAAGCUCAUCAUCACCAUACAUUACGUCUGCAUCUAUUUCAGACUUCAAUUUCCUUAAGCGAAUUUCAUCCGGCGCAUAUGCACGUGUUUUCCUUGCACAGAAGAAGAAAACAGGUGAUCUAUACGCGAUCAAAGUCCUUAAGAGGAAAGAAUGCGAGCAGAAGAACCAGUUCAAGCGUGUUUUAGCCGAAAAAGAUAUUUUAUUACAAUUUUCUAAUCCAUACAUCGUCAAGUUCUAUUAUUCUAUAAUCGGUCACCAUAACUUAUACCUUGUCAUGGAAUAUCUUCCAGGCGGUGACUUGUAUUCAUUGUUACAAAAUGUCGGAUGCCUUGAUGAAGAGAACACACGAAUCUACGCAUUACAAAUACUAUCCGCUCUUCACACUCUGCACAAGAGUGGCAUCAUCCAUAGAGAUCUUAAACCAGACAACAUCUUGAUUGGUGCAGAUGGUCUUUUGAAACUUACAGACUUCGGAUUAUCUCAUCUUGGUGUUGUUGGUCGUCAAAACAACACAGACAAGAACUCACAGGCACCAGUCGAAGAUCCAUCACUGAACACAGCCGCUAGUUUAGUUGGAACACCAGACUACAUCGCACCAGAAAUCCUUCUCAACCAGCCACAUACAUUCACCGCAGACUAUUGGUCACUGGGUGUUAUCAUUUACGAGUUGUUAUGUGGUGAACCACCAUUCCACGGUGAAACAGAGACAGAGACACACACUAACAUCCUGAGAGGGAAGAUCGACUUCACGGACAUGGAUUUGCAACCAGAGAUAGAAGAUUUCAUCCGAAGACUAUUGACCAUCGAUCCGAAGAACAGAUUAGGAUCUAAAUCAUUUGAAGAAAUCACAAACCAUCCAUGGUUGAAAGGCCACGACACAUCUAACGAUGAACCACCAUUCAAACCAGAACUUGCUAACCCAGCGGACACACAAUACUUCGAGCAGCGAUAUUCAUUCAAGGAGGACGAUGACGGCGACAUCCUUGAAGACAUGCAAGACAGCGGCUCAGUUGUUGUCAACGAUGAAAACAUAGAAACAUUUCAAUCAGUUUCAGUCCAACAGCUUUCCAAAGCUAACGAAGAACUUGCGAAGAAGUACGAACAUCUUAAGUCUCCAGCCGAUAAGAAACAACGACCUUCUACACCACAACAGAAAAGAGGACGAUCUUCAUUUGAUUACGACUCCCCAGGAUCUCCAUUUCGAAACAUGUUGUCACGAAGGAAGUCACACUUCAAUUCAAGAAUCAUCGGAACAGAUAAUGACGAUGAUUAA